UAUGUAGAAUACCGAGGCGCGUGAAACGCAAUCGCGCAGCUACAGAAAUCGGUUUUUACUUCCAAGUCAUCGUAUGGUCUGGAAGCAGAAUGGCUGCGUCUCCCAAGAUAGGCAUCGAAAUCGGCUCCGUGUCGACUCACCGAGUCGCCACCAUGCCCGCUCUUUCUCCGCCUGCGCUGUUCUUCCUCACAACCAAGCCUCGUCGCCGCUCACUCUGCCUCCUCCGAGCUGGCGAAACUCGCUCCACCGCCCUCCGCCUCAGAGCCUCCGCCGCCGCCAGCGACGCGCCUUCAUCUCCAGGCGAAACUGUGGAGAAUGUGGUGAUUAUAGGCUCCGGCCCCGCCGGAUACACGGCGGCGAUAUACGCGGCGCGCGCGAAUUUGAAGCCGGUGGUGUUCGAGGGUUAUCAGAUGGGCGGAGUUCCCGGCGGACAGUUGAUGACAACCACCGAGGUUGAGAAUUUCCCGGGAUUCCCUGAUGGGAUUACUGGUCCGGAUUUGAUGGAGAGAAUGAGGAAGCAGGCUGAGAGGUGGGGAGCGGAGCUAUAUCCGGAAGAUGUGGAAGUUCUCGAUGUUAAGACCGCUCCUUUUACAGUGAAAAGCAGUGAACGUAAGGUUAAGUGCCAGAGUAUCAUUUACGCCACAGGAGCUACAGCAAGGAGGCUGGGGCUACCUCGAGAAGAUGAAUUCUGGAGCAGGGGAAUCAGCGCUUGUGCAAUCUGUGAUGGAGCUUCGCCUUUAUUUAAGGGACAAGUGCUUGCAGUGGUUGGUGGAGGAGAUACAGCUACAGAAGAAGCUUUAUACCUCACAAAAUAUGCUCGUCAUGUUCAUCUGCUUGUUCGUAGGGACCAAUUGAGAGCCUCCAAGGCUAUGCAAGAUAGAGUAUUCAACAAUCCAAAUAUCACUGUGCACUUCAACACAGAAACCGUUGAUGUGGUGAGCAACACAAGGGGACAAAUGUCUGGUGUUUUAAUCAGACGGGUUGACACGGGUGAAGAAACCGAGCUUGAGGCCAAAGGGUUGUUCUACGGAAUAGGGCAUUCACCAAACAGCCAGUUAUUGGAAGGUCAAGUUGAACUUGACAGCUCAGGAUACAUAUCGAUUCAGGACGGAACAGGGGAGACAUCGGUGGAAGGUGUAUUCGCAGCAGGAGAUGUGCAGGACCAUGAAUGGAGACAAGCCAUAACUGCUGCUGGAUCAGGGUGCAUAGCCGCCUUGUUAGCCGAGAGAUACCUUGCAAGUAACAACCUCCUCGUCGAAUUUCACCAGCAGCUUCAAGCUGAAGAGGUGAAGAAAGAAUUCACCGGCCGCGAUGUCCAAGAAGGGUUUGACAUCACUCUUACAAAGCACAGGGGCCAGUAUGCUCUUAGAAAGAUAUACCAUGAGAGCCCAAGGCUGGUGUGUGUACUGUACACAUCACCUACAUGCGGUCCGUGCAGGACACUGAAACCUAUUUUGAACAAGGUGAUCGAUGAAUUCGACAGCAAUGUCCACUACGUCGAGAUAGACAUAGAAGAAGAUGAAGAAAUCGCCGAGGCGGCUGGAAUUAUGGGAACUCCAUGCGUGCAGUUCUUCAAGAACAAGGAAAUGCUCAGGACUGUAUCCGGUGUGAAGAUGAAGAAAGAGUACAGGGAAUUCGUGGAGGCCAACAAAUGAGAAUAUAUGCACCAAAAGAGACUUGAGGCAAAAUGCCAAAUCUGUUGGUGAUUCAAUUUUUUUUGCUCAUUCAAAAUUCAGUGUUACUGAAACAUUGCCAUUGAGAAUCUCAACAAUGAUAAGAGAGAGAGAAAUAAAACGCAUCGUUUUCUUCGUA